AUCAGCUGUGUCCAAUCACAGCUGAUCACAUGUAAACACGGAAAUGCCGGUUAUCCGGAGGGGACAGUGUGCCCUGAUGAUCAGUGUGGCCCCAGAAGUGCCACCUGUCAGUGCUCAUCAGUGCCACGUGCCAGUGCCCAUCAGUGCCACAUCAAUGCCACAUAUCAGUGCCCAUCUGAGCUGCCUUUCAAUGUCACCCAUCAGUGUCAGUCAGUGCCACCUAUCAGUGCUGCCAAUCAGUGCUACCUAUCAGUGCCAGUCAGUGUUGCCUAUC